GCAGCGCAGCCCCGCGCCCCCUGCGCACCCCUCGCGGCGGCGGCGGGAGCCGGAGAGCCCCAUAAAUAAUGCAGCGCGUAAAUCAGAGCCUGAGCAUCGCGGUUCAUCGGAAGUACGAUGAGCUGCCCCACUACGGCGGGAUGGACGGCGUAGGGGUGCCGGCGUCCAUGUACGGGGACCCGCACGCCCCCCGGCCGAUCCCCCCGGUGCACCACCUCAACCAUGGGCCGCCGCUACACGCCGGACAGCACUACGGCGCCCACGCCCCGCACCCCAACGUCAUGCCGGCCAGCAUGGGCUCCGCUGUCAACGACGCUCUGAAGCGGGACAAGGAUGCGAUCUACGGGCACCCGCUGUUUCCCCUCCUCGCCCUGGUCUUUGAGAAGUGCGAGCUGGCGACCUGCACGCCCCGGGAGCCCGGUGUGGCCGGCGGGGACGUCUGCUCCUCCGACUCCUUCAACGAGGACAUCGCCGUCUUCGCCAAGCAGGUCCGCGCUGAAAAACCACUUUUUUCUUCAAACCCAGAGUUGGACAAUUUGAUGAUCCAAGCAAUACAAGUACUAAGGUUCCACCUCCUGGAGUUAGAGAAGGUUCACGAAUUGUGCGAUAACUUCUGCCAUCGGUACAUUAGUUGUUUGAAAGGAAAAAUGCCAAUAGACCUCGUUAUCGAUGAAAGGGAUGGCAGCUCCAAGUCAGACCACGAGGAACUCUCAGGAUCUUCCACAAAUUUAGCCGACCAUAAUCCUUCAUCUUGGAGAGACCACGAUGAUGCAACCUCAACGCACUCGGCAGGCACACCGGGGCCCUCCAGUGGGGGCCAUGCUUCCCAGAGUGGAGACAACAGCAGCGAGCAAGACUGCCAGCCAAAUGAACACUUUAGGAGGAGGUGCAUAUAUAUGUCCACAGCACCCAGCGAGUUAAUCCACCCUACUGUGCAUAGGUGUUGGAGCUCAUAUGGGGAUGGUUUAGACAACAGUGUAGCCUCACCUGGUACUGGGGAUGAUGAUGACCCAGACAAGGACAAAAAGCGACAGAAGAAAAGAGGCAUUUUCCCCAAAGUAGCAACAAAUAUCAUGAGAGCAUGGCUUUUCCAGCAUCUCACACAUCCAUAUCCUUCAGAGGAGCAGAAGAAACAGUUAGCCCAAGACACAGGACUUACAAUUCUACAAGUAAACAACUGGUGUGUUUAUGCCCCAGGCUUGCUGGCCACAGUCCAUUCCAUUUACAGAAGCUGAAUUAAACAAUAACUACCGCAUUGCAAAAAGAAGGAGGAAAAAAAAAAGGUGAGCGUCAAAGGAGAUGCCUGAGAGCUUUGUUAGGGCCAAGAAAAACCCUGUUGCAGUUGUCAGAGCUUGUUGAUGUUGCAGAGAACGGCACUUUUUUUUUCUGCUGGAUUUUGUGGUUCUGCCUUAGGAAAGAAAGUAAAAUAGAACGGAAGAACAAAGUCCUACUCUAUAAAUCAGCAGCUGCUCCUUGCCAGAUCAAAGGAGUGACAUUUUUGCUCCUGGACUACUUGUCCACUUUAGGUGCUUGACAGACAGCUAACAGCUGGCCUGUUAUAUAGUAUAGGAGAGUUGGGCUACAUCUUCUUCAGAGUAGGUGACAAGCUAAUCAGAAAUAUCCAUAGCACAGGACAUGUGAGUGCACCUUGAUCUCUUCAAACAUACCCAGUAUGUAAUUGCUAAACACCUUUAUGCAUUUUUGGCAAGUCGCUACUUAGGUAGUUUCCACUGAAAAGAAGCAGAAUUAAUGCCUUAAUCUAAUUUCAUCAGGAAAGUUAAACUGAUGUUAAAUUAGUUGACAAUCCUCCUUUUCAGGUCAAUUUAGAGUUGGCUAAAAAGCUAAAAGCUCAGUAUGAAAUAGUUAAAAAGAUGUAUAAGUUACUUCAAUGUGGUCUUUCAAAGUUACAUAUUUAUUUUUGAAUGAGUUGCCGAAAAUGAGAGAACUCAACUCUCAUUUAAGGAGCUGGACGAUCUGAUUAUGUUUUCAAGCCUGCUGGACCAUCAUCUGUUUUGAAAUUUUAUCCUGAGAGUUGAUGAACUAGCAUAUCUUUAAAUGCAUGAGUUACUUAAGAUUUUAUAGGAGGUCUGUUAUCUACCUAUAACACGGACACCUACCAGCAAAUCAAAGCACAUACCAAAUUAGCUAAAAUUGUAUUUAGCAUCUCCAUAAGAUGUAUGUAUACAAACCUGGAAUUUUAAUGUCAGUAGUAAAAAUUUCAAAGCAAUUCAGUUUCUAGUUGAUUCCCAUCUGCAAUAAAUCAAGUACAGGAUGAGGUUACAUACUACAGCUUAUGUCUAUUGACUUUGCAUUUUAUCUGUAAGAUAUGAAUAGCUAAGGAAGUAUAUCUGCUUGUCUCCUCCCUUCCUUUCAAGUAUCUUUAAAAGAUCAUUUUUAUGGUGCAUGAUAAAUAACUAUAUAUGAAUAAUUUGAUGGCACUCUGGAAGAGCAGUCAGCAUUGCUUGGGAAAUGAGAGCCUGCCAGGCUGCUGCAUGGCUUUGGUUUCGGCCACACUCACUGACUGUUCCUUGUUACCAGCCAGAAAUCCAAAGGGCAUAAAAGAGGGUACUUUUCCACCUAAGUUGAGGUUUUCUGAAAGCUUGUAAGGAUAUGCAUGCCUUUCCUUUGGCAUUUUCUGGAGGUUAGUGGCCCUGCCUGCAGCAGUGGGGUUGGAACUUGAUGAUCCUUGGGGUCCCUUCCAACCCAAGCCAUUCUAUGAUUCUAUAUGCAUGUAUGGCAUAGUCCUUCAUUACCCUCACCUACAAGACUCACCUCCCACCUUGACAUACUCAGGGCAGCACAAUCCCCCUCACCUCAUGCACUCUCACCAUGUGAAAGCCCAACAUGGCCACCUUGCCCCUGGGACUGUGGGGAAGCCAGUAGCCCUGGUGCCCCAGCCUACCCUGGAAGCAUCCCUUCGACCCUAUGGUGAUGGAGCAGUGGCACGACUGUGGGGUGCAGGCAGGUGUUCGCCCUCUCAGGGUGCUGAGGUGCACUGAGGAGCCCUGGCUGCACCCCACUGUGGGAAUGCGAUAGGUGCAGUGAGGUGAUGCGUACCUGUCAGGGCACCCUGGGGCAGAGACCAGCAUGGCCCUGUGAGCAGGCCCCUGGCCAAGGGCAUAUGCGAGCAUGGCUGCUCAGGGUGUGUGUUUCAGUGUGAAACACACUAGGGCUUUGGCAGAAGCCAAAUCAUUUUCCUGUGCUUCGAAGAGGUAGCUUGGUAACCAAGAGUUACGUGUUUUAAGAUACAUAUUUUCUCUGAGGUGAAUAGGUGCCUGGUUGCCAAUUCUCAUGAUUUUAUCACAAGGCUCAAGUUAUUUCAUGUUAACUCACAGCCCUGACUUUCCAAGUAAGUUUCUAGAUUUUGUUGCUGAGGAAAGCAGUUUAAAAAUGUGACACAAUGACUCGAAAACAAGGAAUGUAAAUACAAAGGACACUGUUUAAACUUCUGGGUUUUUUUUUAGACAGUCUCACAGGUACAGGAUGGGCAAAUUCGUGGUUUUCAACAAUUGACAGUUCCUGGUGCCAUAACGUAUUUUUGGAAGAUCCAACACAAACAUACAAGAUGUGGCAUAGGUCUCCAGGGCUGUUAGUGCCUGCCUUGGGCUGUUGGCACCCAGCUUAGAUGCUUGCUGUCAUUUUCUAGAGCCCUCCUUCCACCAAAUGUGGAUACUGACUUAGGUCCACUGAAUCACACCUCUGAGAGAUGUGAGAUACCAAAAUUAGCUUAAGAAACUCAGUUUAAGCAGCCUACCAGCCCCCUUCUCUAACAAGGCUACUCAAAAUGAUGUGAAACCCUGUCAGGCAAUGAACCUGCCUGCUCCACUCUCUUCCCUGAAACCAAUCAUGGAAGUAGCUCCAUUUCUCAAGAUUUGGGACUUAAGGAAGCCUUGUUUAGGUGGCUCAUUUCCAGGUGACUAAGUCAGCUUUUUUAACUCUCCUGUAAGGAAUGCUACAAGUAAGUGUUGGUAACCAGGUGUGGCACAGAUACAGUGAAGCAUAAACAAGGGCUUUUUCAACCAUUUUUAUAUGCACACAUACAAAGGGACACCUAAACCUAAUUCUGUCAGUUUAGAAUACAUAUUGGAGGGAGAAGUUAAAUAAACUAAGAUAACUAGAUUUUACUUGCUCAGAUAAAAGUUUUGGUGACAGACAAAGAUUGCUACAAAGGCUGGAUAUAUUGAUAAAAGUGUUUCUGCAAAUUAGUUUUUGUCUAAUGCAUUCUUUCAGUUUGCUGUGAACUCCUCAAAACUUAUGAAGUUUCUCUUUCAGAUUGGGAAAGAAAUUAUUUUCUAGGUUACUUAUCAAAACGUUUUUGUGACUUAAAUACAGUAUUUCAUUGCUUAUUUUUCCUUCCAAAUUAGGGCAUGCUUGGGCAACAUGGGAUCACUGUAGCAUGCUCUUGGGCUAAACACUGACGUGUUCACAGUCCGAGUACUUAAAUAUCAUUUUUGGCAAAGAUUUCUUUUCCCGGCCAAGGUAAAAACAUUUGUACUAUUUCUUACAAUGCGUUUUAAAGCUGUUACUCAGUGAAACGUUGAAGCAGGUGCAUAAACCCCAUCAAGCCUGACUUCCCUUUACCUAAGUUUAAUGAGAGAGUAGCUUUGCAUCUAGAUUUGGCAGGCUUUUGAAAAAUCUCAUUAGACUGUUCCUCUGGGAACCUAAAAAUUUUGAAAAUUAGACUAUAUUUUCAAAUGACAGAAAAAAAGAACACUUUGACCCUACAUUACUGUUGUUAUUGUUAUUACUGUUAUUUUUAUUGCAGUUAUGCCUAAGCCUGUGACAGUGUUCAUUCAGUAUUUGUAUUCUUUUCAAGAGAAUAGGCAGAAUUGUCUUCCUGGGCUAAAAUCUAAAUUCAAGCAAAACUUUCCUUGUCAAUAAUCCUUCUAGAGAACUAGCGCUGAAUCCUUCUCACAGAUUUGUUUCUUUCUCUGUUUUUCACAUAAAGAGUUGAGAACCCAUUUUUUGUGGUGGCUGAUCUGUUAAAUAAGUGCAAUAUUUUAACACCUUAUUUUCUUGGACGGAUAUGUUAAGUGAAAAAUUCAGAUUGAGGACUGAUACUGAAAAGUUUUGAGUUGUACUUUGUAGUCCAUGCUGUCCCUCUGUUUCUCAUACAGAGCAAUAUACUCUGCUGUGGAAGACUAGUUAAGUUUUGUACCAGUUCAUCUCACAGAAGCUAUGAGAUGUGCAGACAAUCAAUUGGAAUUAGAUGCCACUCUCUUCUUGAGUUCCCGUUAAACCUCAACUUGGAGAUGAAUUAUGAUUUCCAAGCUUUCAUGCUGUUUGUCCUCCUGAAACUAAAUUGUUGUAAGCCUACAUCCUUAAGAUGUAUUUUCCAUGAUAGACAUACACUAAAGCUAGAGACGUUUCUAAUUCUGAUUACCAAUCUGUACAGCCACCAAUAGUUCACUUUAAGAACUAAUCUUACAUAGGUUCACUAUGGAGAGGUCCUUGUAUCUUGAAACACACAGUAUGUACAAAAAAGACAGUGGAAACAACGACAAAAUUGUUUUUGAAUGUGCCAGACAUGAAAAAGCAGACUAAGAAAUCUCUAUUUGCUGUUUAUUCUCUUUUGCACUUGCAGACAUAUUUCUCCACAAUUUUAUCUGGAUCUUGCUUAUUGUACAAUUGAAAUAUAUUAUGUAAAUGUGAAUUUAACAUUGUUUGAUAUGACUUGAGAUAAAAUAUGAUAAAUAUAUGAAGAAGAUUAGUUAUGGAACUUCCUAUAACAUUAAAAAAUGCAUGUUUAUUUUGGAUAAAGAAAACCAAAUCUCUAUUUGAAGAGAUGCAAUUAAAUGCAUAUAUUUAGAUUAUAUUGUCAUGCUAAUUAGCAAUGGUAGGAACCAAUUAGGACUAGGGCUACCAAAUCACCGGACUAUACUGCAUAUUCACUGGUGUACCUUUACUGCUCUGCUGUGGGUUUUUUUUGUUUUUUUUUUUUUUUUUGCUAGAAUUAGAUAAAACUGAAGUAACUUCUUUUUAAAAAUCCAUAUUGUUGAGCAAUUUGAGCCAAAUCCUGUUGGCUGCGCUUUCAUAAAUUGUCCCACUAAAGUUACCAUAACUCCUCGUGUGAGAAAGAUAGACUUUGGCUAUAGAAAAUAUAUGUGGCUGCUUUAGGUAGCAAUUAAAAAAAUACAAGAUGCAAAAAAACUUAUUUCAUUUCAAGUGACUGUUGUUUGAAUAAGUGGGGUUUGUAAUCUGUCACUUGCAAAAUGCUGGAAGUGAGAUUUUCAUUAAACGUACUAUGUCAAUGACAUGUAUUUCUCAGCAUUACACACCUCAUUUAUCAUUCUGGAAUGAGGACCAAGUACCACAUGAAUGUAGAGUUUGUGAAGGUAUCGACUCACAGCCCUGGAGGCUGAUGACCCCUCUUUAUCUACACAGCAGGUAAGGCACAAACGGUGGCAAUGUGAGCUCUCUCUGCACUCCCCUGCCAGUGUGCCUGACUGCUAAUCUGGGGGAACAAAGGAAAGAUAGCAUAUGGAUAGCAGAUUGUACUGAGCGCUGAAAGAGGACUGAGGAAAUCUAUGUUGGGAGUGUGGCUCUGCCAAAGAUCUCUUGUAUGACUUUGGCCUUGUCACUUAAUCUCCGUCUGUCUCAGUUCCCCUUUGCAAACAGGGAGAAGGCGUCUCCUCUCCCCCAGGCUUUGCCUAGAAAUCUGUUCAGACUGUGAGUUCUCUUGGACAGUGUGUACAGUGUGGGGUGAAGUACGACUGAGCUUCACUGGGUUCUCUAACUGCUGCUAUCAUCCAAGUAAUAGGAAUUACUAUUAACAGAAGUGUAACAAAGAAAUCUAUGUCUUGUUGAUAGAUUUUACUCAUCUUUUCAGGCCAUUCAAUCUUUGGCCUCUGGGUGAAGGGUAUGAACAAGGCAGGCAAUUAGUGUCAGGAGCAGAGCUGUGAAUUCUUCUUUUAUAGGGUUCCAAGUAAUGCUGGAAAUAGUGGCAUUGGUGUUCUCUUUAUUUUUUUUUUUUCACCUGUCUUUUAGUGCCUUUUGAAGAUAUUUGUGCCAAAAUAACAUCACAGUAUUUCUGCAAUGCACAAAUUGAAGUGCUGUGCAGAAAGCUGUAUUUUGCUUUACUUUGGCUCUAGAGAUUGCUCCCUGAGAGAUACAAAAAAGCCCUCAGAAAAAGAAAAGAAAAAAAAAAAAAAAGAAAAAGAAAAAAAAAGUAAAGACUAGGGCAGGGACUGUGGCUUUUAUGUCUCUAUUAUGCACUGUGCAUAUUUAUAGGGCAGUAUAAAGGACACAUAAUAAUCCACAAACACUGCGUUCUGUGCCCUUCUCUGCCAAUUGUGCUGAUGUGCUACCUGAUGUAGCUACUGCUAUGACAUUGGAUUCAAUUUUUAGUUUGACCUGAAAUGUAUGUCUGUUUUCCACCCACAAUUUUGCCAAUGUAAAUAAUUCCAAGUGCAGUUUUUCAGACAUUCCCACUGGUGGGUAUAGCGGAUGCCAUCACUAGCCAGGAUUUUUCAAAGGACUCAUAGGAAAGGAACUUCAAAAUGAACUGAAUGCCUAAAGCUCCUGUGCUCCUAUAUCUGAGAAUAUGACAAAGUACCUUCUCUUCACAUGUUGUUGGUCUAGAGGAUGCCAUUUACACCUGCAGUUAUAGGCAUGCACAGAAGAAAAAAAAAAAUGAGAUAUAAUUAAAUCAGAAAUUGAAACAAAAUUGUGGUUUUUUUGUGGGGAAAAAAAAAUGCUGGACCAAUGUGAUAAUUUUUUUCACUUUUUUUUUUUUUUUUCGGGUGGUCGGCAAACUCAUUACUACUGGGGCUUUAAUUUGCCUUUCCAAAACACCUAGUGAACUGUCUAUAGAGUUCACACAGAAAAGUUGGCAUUAUUCAUAUCAGUGGAAUAUAGUAGGGAGAAGUUCUUUUGGAAGUGAAUGGUUGGACAAGAUUUUUCAAUGGCCAAUAUUUUCAAUAUCCAAAAGGCUUUAGCUCUGGUGGCUGUAAAAUAGGCAAGACCAGAGUGGAGUAUCCAAAUCUGUGCUCUCACAAUCCCAGUCGUCACCUGAAACCUUUCAGGACUUAGAAUUUUCUUAAUGUUCUGCUUUGUUGUGCAAACCCAUUGAAAAAACACUUCAGAGGGCACCCAUUUCUUACUAAUGUAAACUUUCUGAGGAGUAUCCAAAGAUAUGACCUCUGGGUGAACCUUUAACCUUCCCCUUAAUUAUUUGUUUGAAGACAGUGUCGAGUUCUCCCGCUGAGAGCCAAGGCCCAUAAUGCUUCGCAGCCCUGUGAGUAAGGGUGUGCUUGCAGGGAAGUGGAAAGGGACAUAAAUAAGGGGACCACCAGAUGUAAACAAUAAAAGUAGUUGGGGUUUAAAUAAAAAAAAAAAAAAAGAAAAAAGAAAAAAGAAAAAAAAAAGCAAUUUGGUUUCCCUGAAGAGUGGCCUGAUUGAAGAACACGGGUUAGUAAGACGAAAGGCUGGGGGGGGGGAGGAAUGCCUGUUGUCUGUGAUUUUUUACAGGCCUAAAUAAGCGUUCAUUCCAUUCUUUAAAACCUUGCCAUCUGUAUACACCAUUAGAAGCUCAUAGGAGAAGAGAAAACAGUCUUAUCAGGCUUUCCUGCUAAUCUCUAUUGGCCUUAACUUUAGCUGAUAAAAGGCAUGCUGGCUAGAGAGGGUUCAGGUCAGCCUCCAUUUGGUCAGUGUGUAACAUUACUGGAAAGCAGCUAAGCAAAUUAAGUUCUGUUGGAGACCUUUGUCUUUGAGGACAGAAACGCAUCUAGAAAUCACAGCGCCAAGGCAAGAAAUGCCUUCCCUGCGCUGCAGUCAGAAGGGAAUAAACAAGUGCGUCGACUGCGUCUGAGUUUUUAUUUUAAUACCUGAAGUCAUGAGUAAUUCUGAGGCAGGAUGACAUUUCUGACAACUGAAUUAUACUUUUCUUAAAGAAUAAAGAAUGUCUUCAGGAUGUAAACAGAGAGAUGCAAAAGAGCCCUUUAGUGUUACUUGUAGCAUUUAUGCAUCUGUCUAAUGAAAUUUCCACAACUGUGAUUACAGGAGCUGCAAUCGAAGGUGUUCCAUCCUUUAUUAUCUGCGAGGGAAUUUCGCGGGGGAGGCGGGAGGGAAUGCAACAAAAGGGCUCACGGAGUUGAUGCUAUAGAAAGGCCAGCAAUUUGCUAAAUGAGCAGAUGAACUUAGUUUUCAGCUCCUAACUGAAAGACUUGGCGGGGCCUUGGAUCGGGCCCAACGGCAAUUAUUGGAGGCUGUUUUGGAUGAUGGGCAUGUUAGUAUUUCUGAAGAGGAUUAAACACCAGUAUUCGCCUUCAUUAGCGCUCCUUAAGGGUCACCGGCCCAAAGCCCGGGCUGUGGAACAGCACACAAAACCUGCGCUGUGGAACAGCACACAAAACCUGUGCGGAGCUCGGAGUGUUCUCCAGCACAAAGGGGGACAAAAACAAGCGUGGCCGUGAGUGAUGGAGAAUUGCUCCGUUGUGAGAGAAACGGUGCGAAAAACUGAGCUUGAAAAUUAUUUCGGUGAAAUUAAUGCGCCUGAGUUUGUGCUGCUGCGUGUAGCUGUGCAUUAAGCUAACGAGAAAUAUGCAAGCACUUAUUUUUGGAUUACCGGCAAAAUUAAAGCCAGGCUCCGCAGUCCGCUAACCGCCUUCCCCAGCGCUCAGAAGCCCCAGCACCCAGCGCAGGGCCUGGUUGGAGCGGGAAGGAGGGAGGGGGAAGAAAAAAAGAAAAGGG